AUGGAAGAUACUAUAGCAAAUAUGAGUGAAGAAAAUUUAAAUUAUAUUAAAACAUGUAUCGGAUAUUCCUUGGCGAAAUCCAUGCUAUAUGCAAUAAAGACAGACACAGAAGACCCUUUAAAUGUUAUAAGCCAACAACUAAAAAACUUUACAACCUUCAAUGAAGACAAAAAAAAAAAAAAAAAAAAAUUCAUAAAAAAAAUUAAUUCAUAUCAUAUUAAAAUACAUGAUGAAAUAAAUAAAAAUUUUACAAAAAAUAGUAUUAAAGAUUUAUAUGAAUUUGGGAAUAAAAAUGAUGGCACUUUAUUCGAAAAACUGGGAAACUUAUUAAAUAUAAUUAAAAAUGUUUUGGAUGCUGAAAAUGUGUAUAUUGGAAAAAUGCAUACAGAGAUAGAAAAUGAAAAAAAGACGGGGAAAAAAAAAAAAAAAACGCAUAAAAAAAAUAUCUUGAAAAUUCUUUUUACUAGUGAUAAGUGUAACAUAAAAAACGAAAUGGUGCUUAAUGAAAUCCAAUUUGAAAGCAUAUUUAAACAAUUUGCAGAAACAAAAAGAGAUCAUUUUUUUUUUGAAAAAAAUUAUAUAUUUCCUAACAUUAUAAAGGAAAAUUAUACUUAUGACGAAUUAAGUGAAAAUUUAUUUCCAAAUAUAAAACUUUUUUACGAAAACAAUAACCGUUUGAAAAUCAUAAAUAAAAGUGAUUUCAAACAAACUGAAAAUGAGAACCAUAAAAUAGAAAAUGAUGAUAUUUCCGAAUUUGGAAAUGAUAGUGUUCCAAAUUCUGACGAUUCGAAUGAACUUAACUCAGACAAAAAUACAGAAGACAAUUCCUUACAUGAGGAAGAGUCAAUUAAUGAAACGAGUGAUGAAGAAGAUGAAGCGGAAAAAAAUGAAAAAGAAAAUGAGAAAGGAAGUGAUUUAGAUUUAUUAGAGAAAGAAAGUGAGAAAGGGAAUGGCGUAGAGUUAUUAGAGAAAGAAAAUGAAAUCAUAAAAGAAUAUGAAAAUUUUGACGAAAAAUUAAUUAAUACUUUAAAUAUGAAUCUAACAUAUAAAUGUACAUACAUAUAUGAAAUUAUGGAAAUCGAAGAAUCGUUUUUAUAUGAAUAUAUGGUUCCUGGAGAUUUUCUUGCCAUCCCAUUAAUAUAUUAUUCAUGUUAUAAUCUUAAUUUUUUGAAUUAUUUAUAUAACAUGAAAAAUAAACCGGAACAGCCAACAUCCAAUAGUUUAGAAAGCAUAGCAUGUGUGGCCCAGGAGGAUGAUGGCUUCAAAUUGGUAAACCCUGAAGUAAAGGAAGAAAAAAAGACAAAUUGGAUAGUUGAUUUAAAAGAAGAAAAAAAGACAAAUUGGAUAGUUGAUUUAAAAAAAGAAAAAAAAAUAGAAAUGUGUCUUUGUAUAGAUAACAGAGGAAGUGUCAAUAAAAUAAAUGAACAAAAAAUGUUUGCCCUAAUACAUUUCUCUUAUCUUUUGAUUAUACGAAUGUUAAUGUGUGAAAGAAAAUCCGUUGAAUAUAUGAUAGAAUGCGAGCAUGGAAGCGAAAGACAAUUAAUCGAUAAGUUGCAAACAAAAACCCAAGAAAACAAUCAGGAAAAUAUCAUAAAUAAAUUUAAAAAUAAAUUAGUCGAACAUCAUUAUUUUAUAGAAUCAUCAAACCUAAUAAAUUACAUGGCUUCAUUCCAAUGGAUAGAAAAAAAAAUUCUCAAAUAUCAACACAAGAUUAUCCAAAUAAAUAAAAUAAAGGUUGAGUUUAACAAAAAUUUGUUACAAACCUUACUUAAUUGUUUUAUAAUAAUAGAUCAUGAAUAUUCAAAACCCUCAUUAUCAAAAAAGAUAAUACAAAAUUAUGAAUGGAAUGAAUUAAUAUUAUACAUCAAUCAAAAUUUUAUAGAUCGUCUCACAACGUUUAACCCCCUUUUAGAAUUUGAAGAAAAGGAAAUAGAAAAACUUCAUGAGAUAAAAAAUUUGCUAAAUAUUGCACCUUUAAAAAAGAGCAAUUAUCUGAAAAAUAUGGAAGGAAUAACUACAUAUGGAAUAACCUUAUUGGAAUAUUUUAAUAAUAUAACCAUAAAUAUUUUGGAUGAAGUUUUAAAAAUAAAAGAAGGAAAAUUAAUUCCAAAUACAUAA